UGGAUGCCAGUCGCAGUCGACAGAAAACUUUGCGACCGUUUGGUUGGUUGGUUUUGGUUCUUCAGUUCGUUUUUUGAUUAUUUUCGGACGGUUUUUGAAAUUUCACGAAACAACGGCAAAAUCAUACAUAAAAAGCAGAAAUCCAUUAUAUAAACAAGAUCUACAACACCUUAAUGCACGUACACACAUGCACACGUGUAAUACAUAUGUACAUAUAUGUAUGUUCACGUAUGUAGGUGUAGAAACAGUUACUAUAAAUAGCCAACGGAAAUCGAUAAAUAAAUAAAGCGCUAAAGUAAAAGUUCUAUCUCCUCCUCCACACCAUACACAAUACACCCACACACCCACAACAAGAGAAGAAAUUCUAAUUGCGACUUUGCAAAAAACAGUUUGACGGUGAAAUAAAUGCAUAUUUGAAUAUUUGAGUAUAAUGCCGAUCUUCAGUCAUUUUUGGCUCUAACUGUGAACACGAACACACAAACACUUUGCCGCGAAAAAAAAGAGUUAAAACAAUUAAAAUUGCUUGCACUGAGAUGUUUGCGCGAUGUUUAUUCCUGACCUUGUUCGUGGCGGUCAUGGCGGCGGCCGGCAAGAGUGACGAUCAGUCCAAGGAGCGGCGACUGGAGCAGACACUGAAACUGUCUGCGUGCGCCGCCAAGCUGGGCGAGUGCGAUGAGAGCGAGGGUCCUGUCUGCGGCACCGAUGGCCAGACCUAUCACACCCGCUGUCACCUGCUCCGGGUGCAGUGCAGCGGCCAUCCGGUGAGCCUCAAGUACCGUGGAUCGUGCAACGGCUGCCUGGAGGCUGCCCAAUACGCGCGUCGCCAGCAGGCACGCGAUCCCAAGUAUUUUGUGCCGCGCUGUCGCAAGGACGGAAACUAUGCUGCCAGGCAGUGCUACGGAGAGGCUGGAUGCUGGUGCAGUGAUAGCAUGGGCCGUCCAAUUGAGGACACCUCCACCUCGUCGCGUCGCAGGAAGCCCAAGUGCCGGGCCUACAGGCGCAACCGUCGCCGCUUGCCCACGCGGCAGAUCAGCUACGAUGAAGACUCUGCCAGAGGCAGUGCUGAAGCAAGCAGCAGUGGGAGCGGAACAGCUGCUCAUCGUCAAUGUGGCAAGGCGGAUCGCACGGCUUUCAACAGGAAUCUGAUCGAGGUGUUCCGCAGCGAGUACUUGCGCUUUGGCCCCAAAGAGACCCACUCAGACGCCGCCAUCUUGGACUGGAAGUUUACCAGGCUGGAUGCGGAUGGCAACCAGUUGCUGGAUAGGCAAGAAGUACGCGAGCUGAAGAAGCUCCUCAAGCGGGCGGUGAAGCCGCGACGCUGUGGACGUGCUUUUGGCAAGUACUGUGAUGUCGUCAACAAAGACGACAACCUGUCCCGCAUCGAGUGGAGUCUUUGCCUGUUCAAAGAUUCGCAUAAUCGUAGUGGCGCAGUUGAUGUCCCCAAUGGCAGCUUAGCCACGGCACCGCCACACGACAUGCACUAUCAUAUUCACACCACAAAUUCGAAUAGCAACAACCACGAUCAUACCAACACCAAUAUCAUCGGCAGCAGCAGUCCGCACUCAUACUCGGAGGAUCUGGGCGUUGGAAGCGAGGACAAUGAUGAGAACUACGACGAUGGUGCGACCGGGUAUGGCAAUGGGAACGGCGAGGAUGAGGACGAAUCGGACGCCUCGAGCAUGCACCAUUCACGCACAUCUCUGAACUAUCCGUCACUAAUUAGGCAGAAUAGAAUGUAUGUUAAUGCCCAUAUCUUGACAGUGCUGAACUCAAAGACGCCGGAAUCGACAAACACCGAGAAUGAGGGCGAGUCCAACUGCUGGGUGGAUCAGGCGGUGGCACUGGAGGAACAAGGCCACGGUGGCAAGAGCAGGUUCUAUGUGCCCGAGUGCAUGCCCGAUGGACGCUAUCAGCGAAUCCAGUGCUACAGCUCCACCCCAUACUGCUGGUGUGUGAACGAGGACACGGGCAAAAACAUUCCGGGCACUUGGGUAAAGAACAAGCCGCCCCAGUGCGAUGAGGACAUCGUCGUGCGACCCAUGAAGGGAUGCACUGAGCCGCGCAAAACUCAGUUCCUCAAGGAGCUCAAGGCAUACCUCAACACGCAGCUCUCUCUGCCCAGCAGUCCAACGAGCACCAACUCGACCAUGUGGAAAACGGAAGAUGAACGGAUUGCCACGCUCAGCUUUGUGUAUCUGGAUAAGAAUAAAAACAAGUCGUGGGAGCGCAGAGAAUGGAAAGUGUUCCGGGAUCUGGUCACCAGUGCCAGCAAUUUACGGAGAUGUGGCAAGAAGAUGCCGCGCUACUGUGAUGUGAAUGGUGAUAAGAAGAUCUCGUUGGCCGAGUGGCUCAAUUGCCUGCAAUCCUCCCCACGGGCGCAGAGUGCCACCACAGCUAAGCCGGCACAGUCAAAUGAGACAGCCAAUCCGAAACGCCAGGGAUUAAAUCCGCUGGAGAAAUAUCUUAAAGAUUAGUUUGGGAGAAUGGUUCUUGUUCUUUUUGCUGCUACUGCUACUCAUUAGAUGUCGUCGUGCCAUGCCACACACCCACACAUCAACACACACCCUACACCCUAAACCCUACACCAACACACAGACACAUUCCUAGCAUAUAGAUUCUACGAUUUACAAGUGUAUGUUACUAAUUCUUAAUUAGUAUUGUAAAUAUUGACAUAAAUGCUUAAGUUAAA